AUGCCUUUAUAUCAGUAUUCUCACCUUGGAAAUCGAGACCACAGCACCGGUAACACCUCAGAUGGUGAUGAUCAAGACCGCAAAGGGACAAGACUGGCUCUCAGUCAGUUCACAAGACAAAAAUGCAUAUGCUCAAGCCCGGACCUUAGUCCCUUGGCGGAUCCUGUCAGCAAGAGGGCCAAAACAUGCACAGAUGACAUGGACAUUCUUGACAAUGAAAUGCCAGUGGACCUUUGGCUGAAUGAAGGCUCGGAUAAAGAAGAAAUUACAGAUCUACAGGCUCGCUUCCAAAGCAUUGGCAAAUCUCUGGUUGAGGCUGGGGAGAUGGUUCUCCAGCAAGCGGGAAAGGAUCAGGGAAUUUGGAUGCGAGGGAUGACCUGGCAUGAUCUUACAACCAAGGCAAUGGCGGUCAUUGAAGAUUUUCUGAGAGUAAUGCAUCGGGAUGAACAUAGCAGGCUUGGACAUACUUGGCUAAAAGGUAGGACACGCCACACAUGCCAAGCCAGUCUUGCAACAUUAGGUUCACAUCACUCAAGUGAUUGGGAUGGCUCGUCAAAUGUGGCAGAUUCAUCACACUGUGAAUCCGAUAAUUAG